AUGAGCUCUGCCAGUCAGAUCCUCAGAGCCAAUGGGGACAGCUUGUUGAGGUGGACCAGGCCAAACCCCGCCCCGCUGCUGCGAUGGCUGCGUGAUGCUGAGGUCAUCUCCCACUGCCAGUACAUCUCCCUGCUGGAGCGGUCGCCCAGCAACAGCGUGGCGGCGGUGCUGGAGACGGUGUGCUCGAGCGAGGACGCCAGCCGCAGGUUCCUGCAGGUACUGCACGAUGUGCAGGAUUACUACUGUGCAGAGCUGCAGGCCUGGGCUCAGCUGAACUGCGCAGGCACCCUGAAGAAGCCCGAGCCACCAACACCCAUCAGAGUGCAGGGUGUUGAGGAAGGCAUGCUGAGACCGGGACGGAGCGUCAGGCAGACCAAACUGAGAGUUCCUCUGGCCGCCCACAAAACCACACUGCUGCGGGAGACAGAGCGCCUCCUCUCCCACGCAGAGGGGGCUGGGGAGGCCUGCAGCUCGCUCUCCCACAUCGAGAUCCGCUACACCGACCUGUUUGUGACCGAGGACAGCGAGGAGAUCCAGAGCAGCCAGCACGAGUAUUUCAACCUGGCCAGCCGACGCUCGAGAAUCUACGCCCACCAGUCGUACCAGCGCAUCCGGCCGUGCCACCUGCUGAGCCCCGACAGGGCCACGGGCCGCCCCCCGAAGCGGGUGAAGGUGCAGGGCAUCGCGGGCAUCGGGAAGAGCGUGGCCAUGCAGAGGAUCAUCCAUGAGUGGGCGCUGGGCAAAACUAUGCGGGACGUGGCCUGUCUGUUCAACCUCCGCUUCCGCGAGCUCAAUCUCGUCACAGGGCCCGUCAGCCUGCUGGACCUGCUGGGCUCCAAGUUCCGCUACCUCGCGGCGGUUCUGCCCGACCUGCUGGGCUCACCGGGCUCCCUGCUCUUCAUCCUGGACGGGCUGGAUGAGUUUAAAGAUCGGCUGAACUGGAGCGUCCAAGACAAGCACAUUGGUGUAGACUCCAAGGUACCUGUGCAGGAGCUGGUAGUGGCUCUGAUAAAAGGCAGUCUCCUGCCUGAGUCUUCUGUCAUUCUGACCUCCAGACCCACCACCGAUGCACCAAAGAGGUUCUUCCAGAGGUGCUGUGUGGUCCUGGGAUUCGAGGAGGAUCAGGUGAACGAGUACACCUCCAAGUUCUACAGCAACGUGCAGGUGGCGGGCAAAGUCUACAGCUACAUCGUGGGAAACGACAGCCUCUUCGUGCUUUCCUUCAUCCCUCUCUACUGUUAUAUCAUCUGCACAGCCUUGGCUGAGUUCUUCUCUGCUGGAAAAGAGCAAGAGGGCAGCCUGCAGUCGCUGGAGCUCAACCCUCCCAGGACGGUCAGUGAAGUCUACUACUGCUACCUGUACACAGCCAUCAAACACCAUGCACUGAGGGGCAAAGCAGACCGUUGCACCUCCACGUCUGAGGUGUUCUCCCUGGUCAGAGCUCAGCUGACUAACCUGGGAAAACUGGCGUAUGAAAAUCUUGUGAAAAGUAAAAUAAUGUUUGACAGACAAGACCUGGAGAGAUUUGAGCUGGAGCCCAAAGAUGUGAACAGCACCUUUCUCAGUCAGAUCCUGGUCCCUGUCAAGGAGGAGAAGGUGGAGAUGUUUACAUUCUUCCAUCUGACAGUUCAGGAACAUCUUGCCGCUUUGUACUGUGUGGUCAACCUCUCCAGUCCAGAGGACAUUGUGAGGGGGCUGGACUUCUGGUGCUUUGGUAAGCUGGUUCCCCAAACCACCUCCCCUCCCCUUCUGGUCCCGGAUUUUCAAUGGGACCAAACCAGGGUGGAGAACCUGCAGAUGUUUUCGAGGUUCUUUAUGGGUCUGGUGAGGACUCGGAUGGGGGGCCAGUUAACUGGAUUGGUGGUGGGCCACCUGGAUAAGGAACAUCUCCUCUCUCGGCUGGGUGUCUGGUUCCAGGCCCAGUUCAAGAGCAGGGAGCUGCCCAAUCAGACAGCCAUGAACCUGCUUCACUGUCUGAUGGAGCUGCAUGUGGAGGAUGUGACCAGGAGGGUGUCACCAGAGAUCAAGAGGCUGAACCUGUUCAAGAUGAAGCUGAGUGUGGUGGACUGUGCUGCCCUGUUCUACGUGCUGCAGUUCUCCCCACACCGUCUGGAAGAGCUCAACCUGGGCUACUCCAACAUCGGGAACCGCGGCCUGCUUCGGCUGAGACCCAUCCUGCACAGAUGCGAGAGCCUGUUUUUGCGCUACAACUGUCUGGACACGGAAGCUGCCAUUUUGGAAUCUGCAGUUCUGAAAUCAGAAGACUGUCAGGUGAAGAAGCUGUUCAUGUGCGGCAAUAACCUGGGCCCUGAGGGGGCCCUGGAGCUCUGGGCAGCACUGGAGCAGAACUGCACUGUGGAGGAGCUGUACCUGGACAUCACCGGCAUCACAGAGAGAGGCACCGACAACAUCGUUACCUGCCUCAGCAAAAACUCCACCCUCAAAACUCUGACCAUCGUGGGGAAUGACAUCGGAGAGGCCGGGAAAGAGAGGCUGCAGGCACUGAGCCGAUGCAGGCCGGGGCUCCAGAUCAUUGGGAACUUUGUGGAUGACGAGGGCCUGCUCCAGGCCUACCUGGACUGGGUGGAGGAGAUCCGCACCGACCGGGACCAGCUCGACUCUGUGCAGAACGUGGAUGCCCUGCAGUCUGUGCUGAAGGGCCUGAGGGUGGCUGAGACGCACAAAGGAGGCCGCAACGCAGACAAGGCGAGAGAACUCGAAACAAAGAUCCUCCGGCUGCUGCAAUCCCACACCGUAGCGACAGCGGAGGGCUGA